AUGGGACAAUUCGCAUCCUCUGAACGGGGCCAUGAAGGCGGCCCCAAGAGCGUCCUGAUCACAGGUUGCUCCGAUGGCGGUCUCGGCGCCGCACUUGCAACAGCUUUUCAUAACGCCGGUCUUCACGUCUACGCCACAGCCAGGGACGUUUCCAAAAUGAAGAACCUCGCGGCAUCGGGGAUCGACACACUAGAGCUGGAUGUCACAUCACCGUCAUCCAUAGCAAGCUGUGCCAGCAAGCUGCCGAGCCUUGACAUCUUGGUCAACAACGCAGCCGUCAUGUUGACAAUGACAGCAGCAGACGUGUCCGUUGAAGAGGCCAAAAAGCUGUUCGACACCAAUCUUUGGGGUACGGUGCGCAUGUGCCAGGCGUUCCUGCCACUGCUCAUCAAGUCGAAGGGCAUGAUCGUCAACCACACGUCGAUUGCUUCCGUACUCCCUGUCCCCGGCGGGGCGGCGUACGCGGCCUCGAAAUCCGCUCUAGCCAUGUACUCUGCCAUUCUGCGCAUGGAAGUCGAAAGCUUCGAGGUCCAAGUCGUCGAUCUGAAGACUGGGACCGUCGGACCGACCAACCUCAUCAACAACAACUACACGAGGACAGUGACAAGAGCCGAUCAUUCAAUCUUGCCUGCGGGCUCAUGUUACCAACCUGCCAAAGACCUGCUCGAACCGAUUCUGAGGCAAGACAACUUCAAGGGCUCAGGCAUGCGACCCGCAGAGUGGGCGAGAGCUGUGACAGGGGACUUAUUGAACAACACGCGGCCGCCGCCUCUUAUCUUCAGAGGGCACUAUGUCAUCUUGGCCAAGUUGGCCGCUUGGCUUCCAUUUGGAGCGAUGGAUGGAAUUGUGAAGAAGACGACAAAGUUCGAUCAGGUGGAUUCGGUGCUGAGGCAACUAGGGUAA